AUGGCGUCGUCGUCUGAUGAGAAACCUGCCGAAACGAGCGACACCAGCCAGGAUCUGCAGGCUCGGAUUGCCGCAAAACUGGGCGAGUCCCAGGGCGAGACGCGCCGGCUGAUCCUUUUCGACGGUCAGUGCAGGCUCUGCUUGGGAUUCGUCGCAGUUGUUGUCAGCCGUGACUCGGGCGACCGCUUCCGCUUUGCACCGCUGCAGUCGAAUCUGGGCCAGGAGAUCCUCGUCUGGAAGGAGCAGCCCAAAGAUCUGGACUCCGUCGUCCUCCUCCGUAACUGGGAAGCCUUCACCCACAGCGACGCGGCACUGGAGGUGAUCGGAGAGCUCGAUGGCGUGAUUAGCGGCCUCUGGGGAUUGAAGGUGAUACCGCGCAUCAUCCGUGACUGGGGCUACGGGCUGGUCGCGAAGACCCGCUUCAUGCUGCUUGGGCAUACCUCCGUCGACCAGGUAGCCGAUGAUCUCGUCAAGGCACGCCUGGUCGACACCUGGGAGCCAGACGCAAGCAAGGGCGAGCAUGUCUGCCGAUCCUGA